AUGGGCCAGGCGCUGUCGCAGACCCCGACCGCAAAGGCGCGGCGGCGCCUCGCCGACGGCGACGCCGUCGAGUACCUCGUCGUCGGCGCCGGCCCCGCGGGGCUGCAGGCGGCCUACUUCCUGAAGAAGUUCGGCCUGGACCACGCGGUCGUCGACGCCGCGGACGGGCCCGGAUCCUUCUUCCGCAAGUACCCCGUGGGCCGCCAACUGAUUUCCAUCAACAAGCGCCACCUGCCGGACCUCGCGCCGCUCGACGAGGCGGAGCGGGCGGACUUCGCGCUCCGCCACGACUGGAACAGCCUGCUCUCCGACGAGCGGGCGCCGCUCAUGCGCGACUUCUCCGAGGCGCACGCGCUCGACGUCGUGUACGGCGCGAAGGCGCUGUCCGUCGACCGGCGGGCCGGCGGCGGCUUCGACGUCCGCAUCGGGGCGCGCGGCGCGGAGGUCACGAUACGCGCGCAGAUCGUCCUCGUCGCGGCGGGCCUCGCGAAACAGGCGCCGCCGGAUUUGCCGUGGGCCGCGGCGAAGCACGUCGACUACGGCGAUUUCGGGAGCGACCCCGGCGCCUACGCGGGGCUCAACGUCGGCGUCCUCGGCGGCGGCAACAGCGCCUUCGAGGUCGCGGGCCUGCUCCGGGAUUACGCGGCGCAGACCUACGUCAUCCCCAGGACCGACCCGGAAUUCGCGCACGAGAGCCACUACCCGGGCGCCGCGCGGCCCGGCGUCGUCGUGCGGUCGCGGCACCUCGGCUUCCUCGACCAGUUCUACCUCAAGUCCAUGGACGCGCUCCUCCCGCCGAAAUACGCCAACGGCGUGCUCCCGUCCGAGAAGGCGCACCACGACCACGAGCUCGCGCCGCGGCCGCAACGCGCGCCGCCGGGCGGCUGCAGCUUCUACGGCCUCAAGUCCGCGGGGCGCGCGGCGGGGCCCUUCUUCGACGUCGUCGUCAACUGCACGGGCUUCAAGUCGGACCUCGGCUUCCUCGCGGGCGUCCUGCCGGAGGUCCCGGACAAGUACCCGCCGACGACGCCCUUCUACGAGUCGCGCGACGCCGCGGGCCUCUACUUCCUCGGCGCGCUCAUGCACGGCCGCGACGCGCGGCGGUCGUCGGGCGGCUUCGUCCACGGCUUCCGCUACCUCGUAAGGUCCGCGCUCACGAAGCUCCGCUGCGACCGCCACGGCGCGCGCUGGCCGCGGACCGACAUCGCCGUCGGCGACUUCGGCGCGGCCGCGCUCCGGCGCGCGUCGUCGGCGUCGGCGCCCUUCCAGUGCUUCGGCGUGCUCUGCGACCUCUACGCGUUCUCGGGGGACGCCGUCGCCCGCUUCGACGACGUGCCCGUGGCCGCGGCGCCGGAGGACGUCGACGCGGCGCUCGCGCCGGACUUUUACGUCCGCGCGACCUUCGAGUACGGCCGCCACUGGCGCGGGCCCAACGCCGUGCGCCACGGGAGCGCGCUCACGCCCGUCGCCGUGCGGCGGCCCCUCGCCUUCGCGGACCGGGCCGCGCUCCUCGCGUGGCUCGACGACGAGGCGAUCAGCCGCGUCUACCGCGUCGGCGCCGACGGCGCGGACGUGCUCGUCAACGAGCUCGUCCACCCGGUCUUCCGCUUCUACGACGGCGCGGGCGCGCUCCGGGACGUGCUCCACGUCGACGAGGAGCUCGCCGUCUUCUUCCUCUACCGGAAGCACCGCGCCUCCGCGCUCUUCCUCGACGCCGUCGUCGACGACCUCCGCCGCGGCCGCGACGACCGCGCGCUCGGCCACGUCCUCCUCGAGCCGGGCGACGGCGGGCUCCGCGUGCGCGUCGACGCGUACGAGUAA